GGCGGCUGCUGGCGGGGCGGGUCGCGCUGGUSCCCGGCCGGCCGGAGCUGCGGCGGCGGCGGCGCGGGCCAGCAUGAGGGAGCCGCUCGUGAUGGGUCCGGCCACCAUGAUGGUUUCAGUGGUUGAGCUUUGAAGCCAGUGCAUCAUGUACAGCGUGGAAGAUCUUCUGAUUUCUCAUGGAUACAAACCGUCAAGAGAACCAUGUGAAGAUAACCCUGAAGGGCACCAGCGAGCAAGGACAAGGACCAGAGGUGCCCGUGGCCUGAUGAAUGGGUAUGAGGAUGGCCCUGUAGCCUUUGAACACAGUAAAUCAUCCCCAGGGACAGGACAUGUGAGUGACUCUGAAAGCCGCCGCGGCACUCCGAGGGGCCACGGGGAGCGCCCAAGCACUUCUGCUUCUAGAGCUGCUGAGGCCGGGUUUUAUAAUCGACCCACCUUAGCAUGGUCCUCUCAGCCCCAGAUCGGUAACAACCAGGCCUAUUGGAGAAGAGGAGGACAGGAGGUCAGUAGCUUGCUGAGUCCAAGAGACCGGCAAGACCUGGAGGUCAGAGGAAUGGCCCAAGCCCACAGUAUGCCCAUCCACGUAAGGGAGGGUUCAUGGGAAGUCGGAGGAAGGACAGAGGACGUGAUGAAGAAGGCAGUUUGGGAAGAAGAGUUGAGGAUGUCGGGUUCUGCCAAGUGGCAGAAYGUAAGCCUGGAAAGCUGGAACCAGCCAAGGAAGUUAGGGAAGCAGAUGUCUGAUGGUGAUGGGGAGAAAUUGUUUCAAGAGCUGUACCCAUUCAUUCAAGGUGAACAUGUGUUGACUUCUCAGAACAAAAAGAAAUCCCGGUCAUUGCCUCGAGGUCUUUCCCCUGAAAGCCUGAGCUGCAUGGAAAUUCCCAUUCCAGUAAGUGAUGGACACGUACCAGAUGUUCCUUUGAUAUCACCGUAUGCUCCAAAUUUGGAGUCCACAAGGAACCCUGAGAAGGGUGGCUCCCUGACCCCUUUUUCACGGCCUAAAUUUGGGAGACCCCUCAAGCCUCCAUUGUAUGGCUCACACCAACAGACCAGAGGAGAGAACAGCGACUUUCAGGGCAGCCAGCAAACGGACCCCCACRGUUCCUACCUGACCAAAACUAAUGACUCUAGGCAUGAGCUCAGCAUGUCAGACUCUGGCUUGGAGCCUCCAGUUUAUGUGCCUCCGCCUUCAUACAGGUCGCCCCCCCAGCAUAUCCCAAACCCCUACUUGGAAGAUACAGCACCCAGACACGUGAAUAGUGAACACAGUCAACCGCAACAUCUUACUGAGAAGCCUGGGGCCAGUUGUCCACGUCCUUCUGGUGUUGUUGGAACAGGGAAUGAGUACAGCAUGAGCCCUGGCUCUCCUCGAGGGCUCCCUCAAUUCUCCAGUCCUGUCACUGCCCAUGAAAGCUCUGUUCAGUACAUCCCCUUUGAUGAUCCACGGAUACGACAUAUUAAACUAGCUAAACCUAUGGGUUUCUGUGAAGAAAUGAAGCUUGAUGAUAGACCAUAUCACUCUGGUCCCAUUACUGCCCAAGAGCCAGCUCAUGGGAAAAUGAAAUGCGAUGGUGCCCUUGUGAAUGCACAGGGCCCAAUACCCCUGUCRGAGAAGGAGAGGAGCCUGGCCUUUGCUGAUCCCAGCCCCCGGUGGCUGUGGGGCCAGCACCCUGGGAAUGGGGAAGAUGGAAACUUCUCUGACCAGAGAGAUCCCUGCAUUGUAAGAGAACAGUGGACUGGCAUAAGAGGAGGCCAGCAUGGACGUGAGGAAGGCCAGGUUUCCUCCCCAGACCCACAGAGUGAAAGUACCUGGGAAGUCCAAACCAAGCUCAGAAAGUUUGAAACUGGGAUUCAGACCAAGAAAACUUCAAAGAAAAAAAUGAACGAGACCAUAUUUUGUUUGGUUUCCAUCCCAGUUAAAUCAGAAUCACAUCUGCCAGAUAUAGAUACGAACAACAAUGACUUAAAACAGACUGCUGAUAAAAAGCACAGGGUUGAUAAGAGCACAGCUCUGCAGGAACAAAGUCUGUUGAGCACGUCUUCCACUGACCUGGAGCUGCAAGCUCUCACAGGAAGCAUGGUCGGGAGAACAGAGUUCACGAAACUCGAUCUGGGGGAACUAGAAGAAGACAAACAAACACAUGACCUCAGAUUUAUCCACCUUGCAAAACACAGAGAGUUCAAGUAUUCUAGSCCAUGGCCAGGGCAUCAAUACAAAGAUCAGCAAACUCAAACCAACUUCUCUGAAGAAUCCCAAAGAUCCCAGCUCCUUCCUGAUGAAAACAUGGGAGGGAUGAGCAACACAGCACCAGCCCCCAAAUCCAUAGAACCCCCCGCCUCCAGAGCUCUCUUGCACACAGCAUUAGUGUCUGGUGACCAAAACCAGAAGCCAGAUGCUCAUAGCCUAAAAGGUCAAAUGUCCCUCAGCCCAUCUAGCAACAGUGCUUUCUCAAGGACUUCCUCAUCUGUAAAUCAGGCACUUGUGCCAAAAGUGGGCCAGAGUCAGCCUUGUGUGGUUGUCCAAGAACAUGAAGCCCACCCCGCGCCUAAGCCUGAGGUGGUGAAGGGGGAACCCAUGGCGGGCCCCUGCAACAGUAAACAGCCAUUUGGUCAGUUUCUCUUGAAACCAGUUAGUCGUCGACCCUGGGAUCUGAUCAGUCAGUUAGAAAGUUUCAACAAGGAGCUUCAAGAAGGGGAAGAAAGCUACAACAGCAGCCUUGAGGAAAGUGAGACUGAACAGCAGCAGGAAGACUACGCUGACUCUGGACCAAGGAACCAGGGCUUCCAUGAAAACAAGGAGCAGCAGCCCAGGGUGUUGGUGCCAGAGGAUCCAGGGUUUCAUUUGGGAAGAAUUAUAAGUAGAUUUGAGAGCUGGAGCGAGGAACCAAAUCCUGGCCACCCCUGUGCCCGUCCUCAAUUCCCAGGCCCCCUGCAGGCAGAAGACAGCAGAAAUGGCCCUUUCCAGUUGGCAGAUGGAGGCCUACUUACAGACAAGCAACACCAAAAGGUUGUAAAUGGAAUGAAUGAGCAGCUAAUCAGCUCAGGUCCUGUGAAAAGAAUGAUGUCUUCAAGACCAAGUGACACAAAACCAGCACCUCUGUCCUAUCUGGCUGAAUCUAAAGAGCCACCAGAAAGUCUGAAACUCACCAAUGCUCUAAGUUCUGUGCAGCUGAACAAAGGGGUCUCUCCGAAGAAUGAUGGUAAAGAGAAGGACACAGUAGUCCCACUGUCCCUUACUGUCAAAAAUCGAGGCCUCUCAGCACCAGACUUACGGUCUGUGGGGCUCACAAUGGGGCAAGAGCAGAAUGUCAGUAAGUUAGACGGAUCUUUGGGCAAAGGAAGAGCAAUAGAAAUCCCCCAAGAGGAGUCCCUGCAGGAGAGGGCAGAAAGGAUUCUGGGCAUUGAGGUGGCUGUGGAGUCCCUCCUGCGGGGCACCAGAACAGGACAGAAUGAACCACCCAAGUCUGAUACAAGUGCCUGCAGCCCAGAAUCCUCCAAGGAAAAGUCACUACCCAGCUCAGUGCCAUCAGAUGCACCCCUGGUUACCACUGAUGCCUUCUAUGGCAGGAGAAAGUGUGGCUGGACGGAAAGCCCCCUCUUUGUAGGGGAAAGGGCUCCCCAGACUUGUGAGCCCUUGAAUGUGGAUGGGGUCCUUACCAGCCAACCCACCAGUCCUGAGCCUCAGCCCAACCACUUGGAGUCCAAGUCCUUGGAGCCAAAGGAUGUGGGGGCAAAACCACCCUUCAGGUCCACUUUGUUCCAUUUUAUAGAAAGGACCCCAAAUGUGGCAGGCUCAGAAAAGAGGCUCAGAAACCCUUCCAAAGCAAUUGAAAGUUUACAAGAAAAACUGGCAUCCCCCCAGAGGAGGGCGGACCCUGACCGCUUGAUAAGAAUGAAAGAGGUGAGUUCUGUGUCUCGGAUGAGGUGCCUGAGCUUCAAGAACAUAGACUCUGCAGGGGAGGCGGAGGAACUGAAUGUCCCCGGGAGCCAGGCCUCGCAGCCAGGAGGACCUGAGUCCCUGAGCAGUGGGGACCGAUCAUGGAGAGCUGGGCACCUGCCCUCUGUCUCCAAGGAUGUCAUCUCUCAGGAAGAAAAUGGGCAUCUGGCAGGUCAGAGGGAGCGGAAGAACAUGGAUCAAGGCUUCUGGUGCCCAGAUUCCUAUGACCCAAGCAGAGUGGAGAGGGUGUGAUGAAUUUCUAGUGAAGCCUGGGACCACCUUAGUUUGCUGGUUGAUUAUUCCCUGAUUGAGUCCAUCCACCCAUCUUGCCCAAGCAGAAGCUAGCAGCUCUGGUCUUUAGUGUACUGAUUUCUCCUUCACCACUGUCAGUAGGAAAUCUGUCAUUCAUACAGAAUUGCUGUGAAUAUAAAGCAAUAGUCUGUUGAAACCAUCUGUWUUUAUAAYAUGAAGAUUUAAUGCCUACAUGUAGAAAAGAGUUUUCACAUGCAAUCUCCUUCCUGAUGAAUUUGGCUAAGCUGAUAAAUAGUCUGGUGUUAAUUUGGUUCCAUGUGAAAAUGUAGACAUGGAAGAUAUAAUGAAUGAUUUUGAAAGGACCAUGAAUGUCAUUUCCCCUCUGAAUCUCCUCAGCCUGCAGUCCACACUCAUGCUAAGGGGUUUGGGGUAUAGGCUUUUGCCCAGUGUUUGGGCGCUUCCAGUAGCAGGCAAAUGUGAAUGAAUAUAUAUGAUCCAUUUCUAAUCAAUUUGGUCUUCUGCUGCUGGAAGUAACUUUACUUGUAAGUAACUUGCCAUCAGAGGAUAAAAGCAAUAUCUUUAAAGUUUCUAAAAGAGAACAUUUGUACUGUAAUAUACUAAGAGCAUUAUUUAUCUGGCAAUGAAAUACUUUCGUUGUUUGCAAACAUGCCAUGGUCUGCUUUGCACUCAGUAUUAUCUAUUUUUAUUUUAGGUAUGGAUGUUUAGAAAUUCUUUAUAUGAAAAAUAAUUGCUGGUUUAAAAUAGAAAAUUUUAACAAAGUAACUAUAUUUCUUUUUACAAAAUUGCUAUUUUUCUAUGAUGUAAACAGUUGUUAGGCAGCAGAUUUUUAAGGAAGUAUUAUUUUAUUUAAGAGUCUAUCCCUUUGUGUGAGAGGAACCCAGAGAGGGUCUGCUCUUGCUUUAAAACAUAUGUCCCUGACCCAUUCUUAUCUAUUGCUACUGUUUUAUUUUAGGAAAUGUCAAUAUAAACAUAUCACAGGGUUAAUAAACUUUCACAAAAUUUUCUUUUGCAAAUGUAGCUAUAAGGUUAUAUUUGAAAAUAUCCCUCUACUUCAAACCAGCCUACAUCUUUGCAACAAUUUUUACUGCCAUAUCAAUUAAAAUUACCAAAAAAACAUAUUUCAUCUUUUUAUGUCUAUGGGGAUCUGCCCUGAUGCCAUACCUUCCUCCUCUUCCCCUCCCGUCUCUUUAAAGAAAUGUGUAUUUUUAUUUAGAAUGAUUCUGAAUUAGCCUCACAUAUUUUUAAAAAGUGCUUAGAGAUAUUACAAAAGAAUUAUAAGGCCUAUGUAUUCUACUGUGUUUAAUAUUGCAUUAACCUGCACAAAAUAUAUGCAUUUUAUGCAUUUUUUCCUUCUCAAUGAGGUAUUCUUGUUAGCUAAUAUUUUCUAUAUGGUUUCAUAUCUUUUCCCUUCUUUCCUUUUUCCCCUUCUCCCCUUAUUUCCCCUUUUAUGGUUUUUCUUUCUCUCUCUAUUAUUUUUUGUUGUUGUUGAGAAACCACCUCAUCUAUUUUUAGACAUUUCAAAUUCCUGAAAUGUGAACCAUUGGCUGGUCUGUCUAUUGACCCUAAAGUGAUGGACUGGGUUUUGUGGCCUGCUUGUAUCUGUACCAUAUGAUAUUAUUUCAUAAGAACCUCAUGUAUUUGGACCAUAGCAGGCAAAACAGAAUCUAAGUCAAUCUAAAUACACUUACUUGCAGUCUUGGUUCCUACCUAGAGUCAUCUCUUUCCAGAGCGUGGUGCUAUGAGAAGUUAGAGGAGACUCCAGUUUUUCACAGCAGCAAUCAGACAGGCCCAGUCUCUUCCCAGGAAAAAUCUGGUGGGAAAGAGAUCCGGUCACUUUGUUAUGACUGGUGAAUCAUUCAAGUCAUCUGAUAGAAAGAACUCAGUGAGGGCUGAGCCACUCGGAGAUCUCUGUACUUCCCUAAUUAAAAGCAAAUGAAAGAAGGUACAUGUACAAAUACCUACGUGCACACACCAAUGUAGGCAUACGUACAUAUGCAUUUAUAUACAUAAGCUCUGUUCUAACUUCUUAAGUUUCAUUGAUACCAACCGAAACUUCUUUUAACAAAAUAAUUAAAUUUUAGCUCAUACCUCAAUAGAAAAAAAAAAAAAA